CCGAGGCAGGACGAACAGUAGCCUGAUAACUGGAGCAUUUCAGCACCACCGCCGCCGGACAGCGACAAGUAGCCUUAACUCUUAACUUUUAGCAGCCAUGGUUCUCAUCUGGACCCAGUUCGGUGUCAAGCACAAAAAUGUCAAUGUCAAGUGCAAAGUGCGAGUCAUGCACAGGGGGGACAGCUCGGGCUCCUCUUCAUCAGCGGAGAGCAGCAAGUCUGACCAAGAGGUGCCCUGUCUGGCCAAACCUGAGGGCAAGGAUUUCUACAAGGUCCUGGGAGUGUCACCUGACUCCAAUGAGGAUGAGAUAAAGAAAGCCUACAGGAAGAUGGCUCUGAAGUUUCAUCCUGACAAGAACAGCGAUGCUGAUGCAGAAGACAGGUUCAAAGAGAUUGCGGAAGCCUACGAGAUCUUGACUGACCCUAAAAAGAGGAGCAUAUAUGACCAGUAUGGUGAGGAAGGUCUGAAAAAUGGUACCGGAAUGUCAAUGGCAAACCAAGGAAGCUCUCCUCGCAAUAGUUUUCAUGGAGAUGCCCAUGCCACCUUCUCCUCUUUCUUCCAUGGCUCUGACCACUUUGACAUCUUCUUUGGAUCUGACAUUGACGGCGAUGACGACCUCUUUAACCCCUUCAGCCACUUCACCUUCAGCCAUGUGGGCGGGUUCCCUGCCCAUGACGGUGGGCUGCGGAGAGGCCGUCGUCGUCUGCAGGGUGUGCCAGUGGUGCAUGACCUAUUGGUGACCCUGGAGGAGGUGUUCCAUGGCUGCACUAAGCAUAUAAAGAUCACCCGCAGCCGCCUCAACCCUGAUGGGCGCAGUCUCCGAUCUGAGGACAAGGUGCUAAACGUGGUAGUGAAGAAAGGCUGGAAGGCUGGGACCAAGAUCACCUUUCCCAGGGAGGGGGACGAGACACCCAACAACACCCCAGCAGAUGUCACCUUCAUCCUCAGGGACCAGAAGCACUCCCAGUACAAGAGAGAUGGAUCCAACAUUGUCUACACAGCCAAGAUCACCCUCAAAGAGGCUCUCUGUGGAUGCACAGUUAAUGUCCCCACACUUGACAACCGGAUGAUGCCACUACCAUGCAGUGACGUCAUCAAACCUGGUGCUGUCCGGCGACUGAGGGGCGAAGGUCUGCCCCUCCCCAAGGGCCCAUCCCAGCGAGGCGACUUGGUGGUGGAGUUCCAGGUGCUCUUCCCCGACAGGAUCCCACCCCAGUCCCGCGAGAUAAUCAAGCACAGCCUAGCCAAGUGCUAACCUGCAUUAUAACAUGCAGAUUGACACAGCUUCACCAUGUGUGUAUGUUGUUAAUCAAUUCACAAACACAGCCUUGCCCAAGGUGCUAAUAUCACAACCAAUCACAACCUCUUUUUGUGUUUGGAUAAUGGCAAGCAGCACUGAAGUGAAUUAGAGCUGAGGCUGGACUUUGAGAGAGAGAUGAUUUUCUACUGCUGUAUGCACUUUAGGCAUAAUGCUCAACAACCACAAUGCCACAACAGUAGUGUGUUCAGAACUGAUGAAUAGGGUCUUUGGUAUCUGAGGGCAUCCAAUGACUCAACUGCCUUUCUCUUACAUGAAAAGGUUAGCUGUACUGUUAAACUUGCAAACCUCUACCAGGAUAUCUGUUUGCGAUUCAAGUCUGUAUAGACUUCCUUAAACCUGAGUGGUACGACUAUUUCAUAGAAUAACUCAAAGUUAUAUGGUGUUCAUAUGACUGAGCUUUUACAUUGAUUUAUUACAAUAACAAAAUGUACUUGUGUACAAAGAAAUGCUUUGUGUACAAAAGUGUAAACUAUCUCUAAAAGAGAUUCAUGUGUCAAAUGUUCUAUUGAAUCAUUUGAAAUGUUUGUAUAUUCUGCAAUGAACCAGCUGCUGAUGUAUCAUGAACUGAUGAUAGACAUAGUUGGAAGCAUGAACAAUAAAGUGAAAAAACUGAA